AUCAGAGCUGGAGAAGGCAGAGAGGGGAGGAAACACUGCGACGUGAGAAGGGAUCCCAGCAUCUCACUUCACUGGGGAUUCAGUCUUGAGCUUCUCCUGCUGGGCCAGAUCCCCUGAAUGCAGGCUCUUGACAUCUUCACGUCUUUUUCCACAGCAGCUCUCCUCCUCUAGUCUCUUCAGCCAUGAACUACCUGCGCCGGCGUCUGUCCGACAGCACCUUCAUCUCCAACCUGCCUAAUGGCUAUAUGUCAGACCUGCAGAAACCAGAUCCUCCUCAGCCUCCCCCUCCUGGACCAGCCUCAGGACCGGCUCCGGUGUCCCCGAGCCAGGAGAGAAAGCCCAUGCAGCCCCAGCCUCUGGGGACGGGCUUCUUCAGCUCCAUCACCAGUGUGGUGAAGCAGACGGCCGCCUCAGCAGGUCUGGUGGAACAAACGCCUGUGCCCGCCUCGUCCAAAAGACACAAGCUCCUGCUGGUCAUCGACGAACCACAGCAGGACUGGGCCAAACUCUUUAGAGGGAAAAAACUGAAUGAUGACUAUGACAUUAAGGUUGAACAGGCUGAGUUUGGAGACAUCAGCGUUGUGGCUCAUGCUAAUGGAUCAUGUAACGUGGCUGUGCAGGUUCUGCAGAAUGAAAAUACAGUUGUCAGGUCAUUUAAGCCUGACUUUGUCCUGAUCCGACAGCAUGCGUACAGCAUGACAGAGAAUGAGGAUUUCCGUAACUUAAUCAUCGGACUGCAGUAUGCCGGCAUUCCCAGCAUCAAUUCCCUGGAGUCCAUAUACAACCUCUGCGACAAGCCCUGGGCAUUUGCUUGUCUGAUCAGCACAUGCAAGAAACUUGGACAGGAGAAAUUCCCAUUAAUUGAGCAGACCUUCUAUCCCAACUAUAAAGAAAUGGUGACCAUGCCAGCAUUUCCAGUUGUGGUGAAAAUCGGUCAUGCUCACUCUGGUGUGGGAAAGGUGAAAGUGGAAAACCACACAAAGUUUCAGGACAUAGCAAGUGUGGUGGCCAUCACUCAGACCUACAGCACAUGUGAACCUUUCAUUGAAGCCAAAUACGACGUCAGGAUCCAGAAAAUAGGAAAUGAUUACAAAGCUUACGUGAGGACGUCAGUCUCAGGUAACUGGAAGUCCAACACUGGUACUGCCAUGGUGGAGCAGGUGGCUAUGACCAACAGGUAUAAGCUUUGGGUUGACACCUGCAGUGAAAUAUUCGGAGGCCUCGAAAUUUGUGCUGUUAAAGCUAUUCAUGGAAAAGAUGGAAAAGAUUACAUUACUGAGGUCAUGGGUUCGUCCAUGCCACUGGUGGGGGAACAUCAGGCCGAAGAUCAGCAGCUGAUAGCAGACAUGGUCAUUGCCAAAAUGAAUAACGUUAAGGCACAAAAUCCCAAAAGGCCAACUGCUAUUCAGCCAAAAAAGAAUGCUGUUGAGAAAGACAUGGUGGUUGAAGUAAAGAAUGGCCCUCCACAGAAAGCUCCUCCACAAGGCUGCUUGCAGUACAUCCUUGACUGUAAUGGCGUUGCAGUGGGACCAAAAUUAGUGCAGGCGAACUAAACGUGAAGGCUUGAAGCAUUUAAGCUCCUGACAGGUUGUGUUCAAACAUUCAGACGGUGACCUGAGGUGCAAGGCAACAAAUAAUCUAUAAGAAAAGUCUUAGUUUGGGCCUGAUCUGUAUUUCAGUCUGUACUGUGUAACUUUCACUGUUCUGCGCUUGUGAUGGUUGCUUUGUUUCUAUGUGAAGCGGUUGUCUCUUCAGGGUUGUUGUGUGGUGAUACAGCAGAUUGUGCCUAGUGUUCAGUGCCACUUUUUCCUUGUACUUAUUUUUUUAAUUGUCUCUUGUGUUACGUUUUAGUAAAUGGUGUUCGCUGCAUUAUGGGGACCAAAUGUUCCAGCUAGUAUAAAAAUAUCAGUAAAUUUUGUCCUUGUGGGGAUAUUUUUUUAGUCCUCAUGAGGGAAACCGCUUAUAAAUCAUGCAAUUUUUGGGAAAAAGUAAAAGUGCAGAAAGUUGUGCGUGAGGGGUAGGUUAAAGGGUAUAUUAGGGUAAAAAAAACAGUUUGUACAAUAUAAAAACCAUUACGUCUAUGGAAUAAACCCAUAAAACAUUAAAACCAGUAUGUUUGUGUGUGUGUGUGUGUGUGCAUGUGCGAAUGGUGUUAUACAUACAUGAAUGGAGACUAUAACAUAUAAAUGAACAUUUAAUUGCAUGAUCAAAUGUGUGUGUGUCAUUGUGUGUUAAAGGUAAGGUGUGUAUUUUCUUUCGUGACAUCACUGUUAAAAUAAUAGAUAUCAUACUGUAUGCACUUAUAGUAUUGUGAAAGUGUUAUAAAAUAUGGUGAAAUGUAUUUGCCACAAUGGAUGAAAGCUAUAGUUUUUUGUUUAUUUUUUGUUCUUGUUACUAAUAUUUAUUGCAGACAUGCGAUUACAUAACAAUGAGCAAUAAAAAUAAAACUCUGAA